ACUUGAUGUAAUGACCAGCUCAACUCGUUGGUUCUUACGUUAUUGCAGUACAAGAGCACUAAAGGGAAUUCCUUUCAAGUUAACGACGAAGGAAGCAUUAGAAAGUUUUUUGCACUGGACAGAUAGCAACCCGUUGGGAAUUAGGCUACAGCCUUCUUCUAUAUAUGUCAGAACCCUACAAGUGCCCAUCUAUUUAUUUGAAGCAGAUAUUCUUUCUCAAUUCGAAUAUGAAAAGACUUCUAUGGGACGCUUAUUUUACCAGUCGUUGGUGAAUCCUAGCAAGACAUAUCAUCUUGGUGCCCAAUAUAUUCGAGGCUCGGAUAACUAUCGGUACACUUGUGGAAACACACAUAUGCAGUUGUAUGUCGGUCCUGAACCACUUUUAGGAAGAGCUAGAGAGCUAUACAUUCCUGCAAGCGAAUUUCAUUCACUACGUACUCUAACCAGUAGUGAAGCUUCGGAUGCCCAAAGAGUAUGUAUAAAGGAAGACGUGGCGGAACGAUACUUUACUUAUAGAAUUUGUCAAUUGGAAAGGGAACGCAUUAGCAAAGACUCUAAACAAAGAGUAACAGAUAUUGCAGACUGUUUAGUCGUAGAAGUUUCUUUCAAGAGGAAGAAUCUUUCUUGUAUCUAUUUUCCAGUAUAUGAGAUAUCCUUUUGUAGUAGUAUGAGACAUUUUCGGUAUUGGAUGAACGGUGUGACGGGUAUGGUUUCUGGAGAUCCCAUUUUUUCGAGUAUGAAAACUGCUUCUUAUGCUUCUGCAGGAUGUGGACUGUUUUGUUUAUUGUCUGGAAUUACACAUAUGAUACCUGAUUUGUCUUUGGAGUAUUCAUUGCAGUUUAUGGGAAUUUCUUAUAUCAUAUUUGGAUUUUUGGCACAUCUUAUGUCAGCUUCUCAAUGGCAAAGAUCGGGUAUGGGGUUGAUGGAACCUUCCAUGGAUGAAACCAACUCCAGUGACUAUCAUAAAAAAGAAAACAAUGGUCAUCAUGGUCGUCAUAAUCAUUCAAACCAACGAGAAAGACAAUCAAAGAACAACGAGUCGACAUCUUCUGUUAUUCAUAACCUCAACUAUUACGAUACUUUACAAGUGGAUCAAAAUGCGACUUUGAAGCAAAUCAAGGCAUCUUUUUAUCGUUUAGUGUUGAAGUAUCAUCCCGACCGUUUUCCUCGAGAUGAGGCUUGUGCAGAGAAAAUGAAAGAAAUAUUGGAAGCGUAUUCGGUACUUGGAAAUCGUAAGUUGUUGUUGAUAUGGUUAGUGAUAACCCAAUUGACAGAAUAUAUAUAUGUGUAUAUUCUCUUUGAAUAUAAUAAUAUGGAUAGCGUUGAAACGUGCAAUGUAUGAUCGCAGUCGAAAGCAGUGUUCUCGUUGUGAGAAUAACAACAAUUGAAUAUUUCAACAUUCAUCGAAUGAUAGGAAUGGCUGAAUUGCUUUGUUGAAUAGUUUUUGUAUAUAUAUGUAUAUGUAUAUAUUUGUUGCCCAAAAAGAUUCCAUAUGUGUUCAUAUUAAGAAAACCUUUUUUUG